UUUUGUUUUCAUGCAACCUAAUGAGAUAAGAGCGAGUGGGGGUGUUAAACUAUCAUUAUGGAUGACGCUCUUAAUGUAUUACGGUAAUACCAUUGGCUGUUAUAUGUGAGGUAUUACGGUUUCUCAUAUGAUAUGACAUGUAUGUCGUUAAGUUCCCUAUGCUGCACAGAGACGGAUGGAUAUAGCCGGUGCACUUGUAAUGAAUAAAUAAUUAUAAAGACGCUCCGCUUAUUCUUUCACGCCAAGUUAAUUCCUGCGCAAGUCAGUUAACUUAACGCCCACCCAACCAGGAAGUUGUUUCAAAAGUUACGCACCGAUUUCAGGCGAAACGAAACUACAUGAAAACCUGUGAAGCGUUACACAGCACAAACGAAGAAUGGCAGAAGCGGCUCCAAAUAACUACGAACUUUGUACAUGUCCGAUUUGUUUGGAUCUUUUUAGGGAUCCAGUGACUACUAAUUGUGGACACAGUUACUGUAAAGGCUGCAUUAAGGACUGCUGGGAUCGGGAAGAUCAGAAGGGAGUCUACAGCUGCCCCCAGUGCAGACAGACGUUCACCCCAAGACCCGUUUUGAACAAAAAUACUAUUGUUGCUGAACUUGUGGAACAGAUCAAGAAGACCAGAAUCCAAGCUGAUGUUCCUGUUCCAUGUACUGCUGGAAAUGGAGAUGUGGAGUGUGACGUCUGCACUGGGACAAAACUCAAAGCUGUGAAGUCCUGCCUGGAAUGUCUGGUGUCAUACUGUGAAACUCACUACAAAGUUCACAAUGACAUACACCCUGGGCGAAAACAUAAGGUGGUUGAUGCCACAGGCCAGCUACAGGAGAGGAUCUGCACCCAACAUGAGAAGCCUCUGGAGAUAUUUUGUCGUACGGACCAAAGUUGUGUUUGUUUGCUCUGUCUGGUGGAUGAACACAAAGGCCAUGACACUGUGUCAGCCACUGCAGGGAGGAGAGAGAAACAGACACACUUGGGGAAGACCCAGAGUAAAAUCCAGCAGAGAAUCCAGGAGAGAGAGAAGGAGCUGCAGGACCUGAGGAAGGCUGUGGAGACUCUCAAGAGCUCUGCACAGACAGCAGUGGAGGACAGUGAGAGGAUCUUCACUGAGAUGAUCCGCUCCAUUGAGAGAAGGUGCUCUGAGGUGAAAGAGCUGAUCAGAGAUCAGGAGAAGGCUGAGGUGAGUCGGGCUGAAGGACUCCUGAAGCGACUGGAGCAGGAAAUUGCUGAGCUGAAGAGGAGAGAUGCUGAGCUGGAGCAGCUUUCACACACAGAGGAUGACAUCCAUUUCCUCAAGACUUUCCAGUCAGUCAGUGAGACACCUGAGUCUAAAGACUUAUCUUGCAUCUCUGUGAACCAAGGCCUCUCUUUUGAGGCUGUGAAGAUAUCUGUCUCCUCACUAAAGACACAGCUGGAGAAUGUCUGCAAGAAGGAAGUCAUGAAGAUAUCUGCAUCAGUGACUGAAGUCCAGGCUGUUUUGCCUCUUGAACCUACAACCAGAAAGGAUUUCCUACAAUACUCCUGUCACUUCACACUGGAUCCAAACACAGCACACAGAACCCUCCAUCUGUCUGAGGGGAACAGGAGGGUGGAGUGGAGAGAUGAGGUCCAGUCAUAUCCUGAUCAUCCAGAGAGAUUUGAUUAUUAUCAUCAGGUGCUGUGUAGAGAGGAUGUGUCUGGACGCUGCUACUGGGAGAUUGAGUGGAGUGGGGAGUGUGUUUGUAUAUCAGUCUCAUAUAAAAGCAUCAGCAGGAGAGGAGGGGUUUAUGAGUGUGGGUUUGGAUUUAAUGAUCAGUCCUGGAGUCUGGGCCUCACCAGCAGCGGCUCCUUUUUCUAUCACAAUGGUAAAGUGACUAAACUCCCUCUAGUGGCCAGCUCCAGAAUAGGAGUGUAUGUGGAUCACAUGGCAGGAACUCUGGCCUUCUACAGCAUCUCUGACACAAUGACCCUCCUGCACAGAGUCCAGACCACAUUCACUCACACACUCCACCCUGGGUUUUAUAUCCUAGGUCCCAGAUCAUCAGUGAAGCUGCUGUGACUGACAUAUCUAGAUGCUGUUAUUACCUACAUCUCACACAUCACAUCAUUUAACACAUCACUCACACGUAAGGAUCUAGCAGCUGGGCCUGAGAAUCUCUGAUCUUGGGGACAACAACCGACUGAAGCCAUUCCCCCAUCUCUGGACCCCAGCUAUUACAAUAUCUGUACCUCUAGACCUCUGCUGUAACACAUGCAGUAUCACCACAGCAGAAAUAAGACAUUGCGUGGGAAUGGUUUUGAUGAGCUCUGUGUUGCAUAACCUCACUCUCCCAAGUGUUUAGUCCCUCUGUUAUUGCAUACAUGUUCUGAUACCUGGUUUUAUAUGACAACCACAAUAAUAUGUACCAUGACAGUAAAUCUUAAUGAGACUGUAUUCAUCCAACAAUUGACACCCAAUGAAAUGUGUUUCUGUAUUUCUUGAUUAAUAUCAUUAUAAUGAGACCAGUAUGUUUUAAAAUGUUUCUGGUGUAAAAUGGUGAAUAAAAAGUUAUAAACUGGCA